AUGGUUUACGAAUUCCCUCUGACUCAGGAGCAAAUCGAUUCCUACUACAAGGAUGGCUUCCUCAAGAUCACCGACAUGAUUGCUGCUGACGAGGCAGAGCAGCUGGUCAAGGAGGUGCGCAAGGUGCAGUCCUGGCCUGACACGCCCGGGAAGUGGAUGAACUACUACGAGAUGAACCCAGCGACACAGAAGAUGCAGCUUUGCCGCACCGAAAACUUUACGCCUUACAACGAUUUCAUCCGCGAAGUCGUCACCAGCAAGAAGGUCAUGUCGGUUCUGGAGCAGCUGACCGGCGAGCCAUACGUUCUGUUCAAGGAGAAGAUCAACGCCAAGCUGCCUGGCGGCCAGGGGUUCAAGCCGCACCAGGAUGCGCCUGCUUUCACGCACAUUGGCCCUGCCAGCCACAUCACCGUACUAUUCACUGUCGAUGGCUCGUAUAUCGAGAACGGGUGUCUGCAUGUUGUGCCCGGCAGCCAGCAGGGAGGCACGAUUCUGCCACACCAUGAAGAUGGAUCUAUAAAGGAGGAGUGGGUCAGCAAGCAGGAGUGGAUUCCUGUGGAAUGCAACUCCGGCGACAUUCUUGUCUUUGGGUCGUACCUGGCCCAUGUGUCGGGUGAGAACAAGUCCAAUGUCAGCCGUGCCAACCUGUACAUGACGUACAAUCCGGCAAGUGAGGGCGACAACCGCGAGGCGUACUAUGCCGACAAGCGGGUCCGCUUCCCGCCGCUGAACGAGCGUGAGAAGGGCAAGGACUACAGCGAGGGAGCCAAGGUUUACAACUUUGCCAACCCCAUUCUGUAG